AUGGUCAAACCCAGCAGCCAGAUCCACCGUGCUUGGUGGAAGGAGUGCUCCGUCUACCAGAUCUACCCGGCUUCCUUCAAAGAUUCCAACGAUGACGGCAUUGGGGAUAUUCCCGGCAUCAUUUCCAAGCUCGACUAUAUCAAAAACCUAGGAGUAGAUAUAGUCUGGCUGUGUCCGUCCUACAAAUCCCCUCAGGUGGAUAUGGGCUAUGAUAUUUCCGAUUACUAUAGCAUCGCAGACGAGUACGGCACUGUCGCGGAUGUGGAGAAGCUAAUAGAGGAGUGCCACAAGCGAGGAAUGAAGCUUUUGAUGGACUUGGUGGUCAACCAUACGAGUGACCAGCAUGAAUGGUUCAAGAAAUCCCGCAGUUCAAAGGAUAACCCGUAUCGCAACUGGUACAUAUGGAAGCCGCCAAGGUACGAUGAGCAGGGAAAGCGCCAUCCACCAAAUAACUGGAUAUCUCAUUUUCAAGGUAUGCUCGACUGGCCGAAGAAACUCAGCCAGAUACUGACAGAAGCAGGAAGCGCUUGGCAGUACGACGAGCUCACGGAUGAAUACUACCUCCACCUGUAUGCCAAGGAACAGCCUGAUCUCAACUGGGAGCACCCACCUGUGCGCGAGGCAGUCCACGACAUUAUGCGGUUUUGGCUGGACAAAGGAGCGGACGGAUUUCGGAUGGACGUGAUUAACUUUAUCAGCAAGGAGCAGAGCUUCCCUGACGCCGAUGUCAAAGAUCCCCAAAGUAUCUGGCAAUGGGCCGACAAAUACUACGCCAACGGACCCCGCCUACACGAGUACCUACAGGGUCUGGGCCAGAUUCUCAGAGAUUACGACGCUUUCAGUGUUGGUGAGAUGCCAUUCGUCAAAGACACGGAGGAGGUUCUGAAGGCUGUCCGUUUCGACCGCAACGAGAUCAACAUGAUCUUCAACUUUGAGCAUGUGGAUAUUGAUCACGGAGAAUUUGACAAGUUCGUGCCCGGAAGCUGGAAACUAACUGACCUGAAGGCCUUCUUUGAGAGAUGGGAGAAGUUUAUGUAUGAAAACGAUGGGUGGAAUGCUCUGUAUUGGGAAAACCAUGAUCAGCCGCGGUCGAUCGAUCGAUACACCCAGGCAAAGGAGGAGCAUCGCCUGGUAGCAUCCAAGCUCCUGGCUACUAUCCUAACGCUACAGGCUGGCACGCCAUUCAUCUACCAGGGCCAAGAACUAGGCAUGAGAAACGUGCCAGUGGAAUGGGGAAUCGAGGAGUAUAAGGAUAUUGACUGCCUCAACCAUUGGCAUGAGCUGCUAAAAACAAAGCAAUUCGACACUAAAGCACAGCAGAUUGCCAAACAGGAGUAUCAGAAAAAAUCACGAGACAACGCGCGCACGCCAGUUCAAUGGAGUUCAGGACCGAAUGGCGGCUUCACAGGGCCAGAUGUGAAGCCCUGGAUGUCAGUCAAUCCGGACUAUGUGCGCAUCAACGCCGAAGCAGAGGUCAACGAUCCGAACUCGACGUACCACUACUGGGCGUCUGUGUUGGGCCUUCGCAAGAAAUACCUGGAUAUAUUCGUCUAUGGUAAUUUCGAGAUGGUGGACGGCGACAGCCAGGAGGUCUUCGCGUAUACUCGACAAUAUGAAAAUCAGAAGGCGUUAGUAGUGGGUAAUUUCACGGACAAGACACUGGAGUGGAGUCCUGCUGCCAAUGGGAUCAAGGGUGUGAGGGAGGUGCUGCUCAACACUUAUGAAGAGGCAAAGAAAGCGUCACCGAGAUUUGCUGGAGAGAAGUGGUCUCUUCAACCGUAUGAAGCGGUUGCGGUAAUUGUGCAGGAGUAA